AUGAGUGACGUGCCUCCGGAAGUACCCAUUGAUGAAAUUAGAAAUGCAGCUAUCAGCCGUCGUGGAGGCAUUCGAGUCAGAGGAGGAAGUGACAGUUCCGAUUUUCAAAACGCCAAGCAAGUCGAGACCAAAGGACAACGGGACAGCAGAAGAGAAAGGGGUCGAGGCAGAGGAAACAAGUGCAUCGUGCAGACGGAAGGCACUUUCUUAGGGCAAGGACCAGCAGCUCGAGUGAAAAAAGAGAGUUUAGAUACAGAAUACGAGCGAGCUCCUCGGGGCUCUAGAGCUGCAGGCAAGCAGGGGGCAGCCACAUUCGACCGAAAACCAGACGAAAAAGAGAUAAAAUAUUUAUUGGAGCCUUGGGACGAAGACGAGAAUUUUGAUGAUAGUGGGGAGCUAUGUCCAGUUAUUUUGCCAUUAAAACCAAAAUCAGAAUCCAAGUGCAAAAUCAAGAAAGAACCCCUCGAUGAUGUUGAUGUAAAGAAAGAAGUGAAAGACGGAGACAUUAAAGUUGAACCCGGAGCUGACAAAUGGCAUGCCUUAGAAGGAAAAUUUUUUGCUUCUAUUGCACCCGAGGAUAAGAAAAAGGAAAACCUGAUUGAUUUGGUAGAUUCUACCAAGGUUACAGGUGACAGCAUCCUGCUGCUUUUCCAAAUGCCUCAACGUAUGCCAUUUGGUAACACAGAUUGCCACGAGAAAGAACAACCAGCUGCUACAUCAAAAGCAACAACUUCUCAAGCAAAAGAUAACGAAAAGGAAGAAGUAAAGGACUCGAAGCCUACUACUUUGUUUGAUGACAUGUCCGACGGACGCAUCGGGAAGUUACAGGUUUUGAAGUCGGGGAAAAUGAGAUUGGUCAUGGGAUCGUUCAUGUUCACACUCGAAACAGGCUCCAAUUCCGAGUCUCUGAUGGAAGCUGUAUCCAUUCGUACAAAAGACGAAAACGAUGGAGACAUCGUUGUGCUAGGAAAAAUUGAAAGGAGUAUGAUCGUUAGCCCUUCAGACGAUCUGUUAAAUCCAACUUCAACUGUUGAUACGAAAAUGAGCUGA